AUAAUUGGUAUUUCAAAAUCGCCAAACAAUUCAAAAUUCUCCGUCCUUCUUCACGAAGCUAGACUGUCGCUUCUGUAGGAUUAGUUUUCUCUGAUUCCCGCUUGAAAUUUUGAAAAUGAGCUCGGCGAUUAUCCCUAGCGAGUAACAUCUAUGUGAUUUCUAUUAAUUCCCUAAAGUUUUCUAUUCCAAUUGCCUGAGCUGGUUCCCGUUGAUCUUAACUUUUGAGUAUAUUUUUCCUUGACUAACCGAUCCUCGUCUAAUAUACCGAGAUCCAAACACGUGAUUGCCUGUGAAGCAGUACUGUUGAUUUUUGCAUUUCACUUUCCUUUUCGUCUCUGGUGACUGAUUGAUCACUUCGACUUUUCAUGGAAUUGUUGGCAAUAAAUUGUCCUAAGAUUUCAAAACAGAGCAAAAUGUCAGUCUCCAAGCCAAACAAGUGAAUAUUAUCUGAUUUGGCAUCUACUGGCGUCCAUUUCAAACCUUCUUAUCUAAACCACAAAAUGGAAAGUCAGAAUUUACAAGAUCAAAUGAGUGGUCACCGAAGUCUUGGCAGCAAUUAUCAUCCGUCCAGUCAAUCUAGAAAGAUUUCAAUUGGAAUCUCAGAUGGGAAGAAAAGAUCUGGAGCCACAACAGAAAAUGAGAUUGUUAUAUCAAAUGCAGAAAGGGCAAAUUCCAACAGAGAAAAUUCCCUUGAAGGUAAAAACAGGGGAAAAAGUGCCGUUGAUUCUAAUGAAGCGAAACCAACUAAAGCUACAGAGGCGGUCGCUUCCCCUUGGAUUAGUACUAGAUCCUUUAACCAAAAAGUAACAACUAAACAGACACUGUUUAUUGCGAAAGAAACUUCCGAUUUACCAGCCACCAGUGGGAGGAGAAACAAGCUUAGCAGCGCACAAAAUACAACAAUGAUGCAUUCAGUACAAUUUUUUAGAAAUCAGAUGUCAGUUUCACAUUCCAGUGAUAGUAAGCAGAAGAAGUUUGAUGGACUUACCUACAGAAGGAAGGGAGGUAGGGAUGUGAACUCACAGAGGGCAGAGGAUUUUACAUUCAUGACUGAACGGGAAGUUCCUGUGUUGGGUAAAGUGGCAACAGAAGAUAACAAAGACGAAAAAAGAACUGAAACUUUGAGAAUGAAACUAUGGGAGAUAUUGGGCACUGUUUCUUCACCUAGAAGUCAGCCUUCUCAUUCCCUGGCUCCUGAGGCAUGUGCUAAUAAUUUAAAGCAAGAGCAAGUACAUCAACAAAAGGGUGAUGGAGUUGUAAAGCAAAUACAGAAUUCUGAUACCAUAGAAACUGAUUCUGAAAAUCCUGAUAAUACAAUGAAGAGACCUGUAACACGUUCUUCAAGUCGAAGGAAAGUUUCAACGAAAAUACAACCAAAGAAAACGAAAACUGGCCAGUCAACUCUUUCUAAACUGAAACUUCAGGAGAAGAGUAUAUUCUCCUUCGAAGAUGGAUUGCAUAGGAAAGGAGAUGCUGCUAUCAGUGGUGGCUCCUCAAUGUCAGCAAGAAACAAGGGCAGGAGAAAGAAUUAUGUCAUUGAGCCACGUAAGAUUCACUUCACUGAGAACAACAGCGCAGAUGAGAUUCAGAAGGCAACUCAUAGGAGCGAAACACCACCACCAUCUGCUGAGAAAGCAUCUUCGCUUAGUGAUAAAAUGGGAAUUAAAGGCUGUUCACCUCAAAGUAAGGGCACCUCUCUCGAAAAGAAGAAUGGAAAUGGAGGAGAUUCCCAUUCAUCUCCAAAGAGAGAUUCUCAUAUGCCUGCAGGGACAAACAGGGCGGAUCUACAGGGAGAUUUUAGCAGUCCAGCAAUAUCAGAAAAUGAGGAUCAACAAGGAGAUGUUGGUAACCCAUCCUUGAAGAGAGUUAUGGAGCCACAGGAUGAAUUUGAAAGCCCAACAUUCAGAGUAAAUACUCCUACGUUAAGAUCUUCCCCUAGCUCAACGCCAAAAACUGAUCAAAUGGAACAGACUUUUUACAGUCCUGCACCAGUGAAGAGAAGAUUUACUCUGGGAAAUAUUCGCAGCUUCAGGACUUCGCAGACUUCAAAGGAAAAUUGUCAUCCCUCAGAUGCUAAAACAGAAUUAUCUAAUGUAGCAGUAGAACUUAAAGAUUCCCCACCCCGCAAACCAUCUCUUAAUGGGAAAAAAGUAGAUAAUGUUCUUUGUGGAUCAUCAUCUGAAGAUGGGGACUCUACGAGCUCUGACGAAGAACAUACAGAGAGAGAUGCCUUUUCUCCAGAAAUUGCGAUUGCUGAGAGAUCCACAUUCGUGCUUUAUCCAACUAAGAGGCAUCUCAAUCAUGAAAGCAACAGUAUUAGCAAAUUUGAUCUCAACUUACCACCAAAAGGCAGUGGUGAAAGUGAUUGGAAUCCAGAGCCUUCAGGACAAAUCCAAGAGAAUGAAUUGGCAAGGGUUGUCACACUGUUUGCCUCGGCUUUAGAAAACUUCAAAAACAAAAUGAAGUUGGCAACUAGAGAGAAAUCCUCUAAAAUUUUGAUGUCUGUUUCUGAGGAUAUACAUCAGCUGCUUCAGAGUAUUGAAUUGCAAAUCCAGACAGAUGCAGGGAAGCUGACAAGCAUUAAUAAAGCAAAAAGAAAACGCUUAGAGACAAGAUUCCAAGAACAAGAAGAAAAACUGAAGUCGAUACAUGAUAAAUUCAAGCAAGAUUUACAUAAGCAUCGCCAGGACUGUAAAAGCACAGUUGAAGAGCUAGAAAUGCACCAUAUUGAGUUGAAAGGAACCGUUAAAAAGCAAAAGGCAUCUCAUCAGAAGCUUGUCAUGAAAGCUGAAGAGGUCAUGGAAACGCAGCUCAAUGACGCACACAGAAGAAUUACAGCCGUGCACAAGACGGCAAGGGAAAAGAUGCUUCAACUACGACGUGUUAUAAGUGACUGUUUGAAUGAGACUAGUAUAGGUUGACCUGAUUUAACUGCUGGCUAAGUUGAUAGGACUCGAUACAGAUUUAGAUAGGAGACUAGAAGGUCUGAUCUCAUUGUUCUGUACAUUGAGUUUAUAAGCAUAUAUUUUCUAUGUUAUUCCAUUAAUAUUUACCUUUGAUGAGUCA